GGAAAGUCCUCUUAUGAUGUAAAGGAAAAAUAGUUCACCAGUAUAUAACAAAAGAAACGAAACAGACAGCAACGAAUUGGUGUAACUUUAUAAACGGGGAAAUAUUGUGAAAGUUUGUUAGGAUAUCUAAUUUUCAUAAACAGUUUUAAGUUAUAGUCGAUUUAUAUCUAUAUAAAAGAACAUAUUUCGGAAUAAGCGAAGAAUGAAAAUUAAAUAUGGAUGGGCCUAUUUCUUAUCAGUGUCACUGGUAGCCUCAGCGCUCGCUCAACCAACGGACAAAAUUGAAAGCGGCACCACAGAUGGCGGAAUCAUUGCCCCGGCCACGGGUGGCAUAUGGAACUUCCUGUACGGUCAAGGAAUGUCUCCAGAUCAACAAAGGAACAUCGGUUUGAUUGAAGAGUUCGUAACUUUUUCGGAUGAUUAUACUACCGAGCAGAGUAUGACCCAAGCAAGUAGUUCUGACAACUCUGCAACAGAGGCAUCAGCAACUCAACAAUACCCUGAUGCGAUUAUUAAAAACACAAACGAAAUCAGUCCUGACACUAUGCCGCCAGAGGAGUUUGCGAAAUGGUUGAACAGUAUCGAGCCUGGUAGAACGCAGAAGCCCACAGAAACCGAGACCUCAGUCAGUAUUGAUCAUGCCAACCCCGAAGAAUUUCCUCCAGAUAAAUUUCGAAAUUGGCUCGAGUCAAAGACACCUCGCCCGGUCAGUGCAAUUGAAACUCACCAUCGGACGAAGGCGGUUGAUAAACAGACUGGGUUGUCAAGAAACAUGAUCAUCGUCAUCUCAACGGCAGGCGGCACCGCAUGCUUCUGCAUUAUACUCAUAGCAUCUGUGUUCUGUCUUAAACGGAAAAAGGUCACCAAAACAGUUGAAGAUGUGGACUACAAGAACUUCACAGUAAAAACCCUACACCCGCUCUCAGUGACAGGCAAGACCUCAGACUUGUUCAUGGGUAUCCCGGCAAACAACGAAAUCUGGAAGGAUUUGCAGACAUUACCCAAGUCUUCUUCAAACACGUCUUUGUCAGAUUCAGAAAAGAAAUAAAAUUGAUUAUGAAAGUAUGUUCUGUGUCAUAAAUCAUUAUCUUACAUGAAAUAGUACGUGCGAUUAAAUUAUUUCGACAUAUAAACAAUGACAAUAUUACUGACACACGUUUCUGUUGUCUUGUUUUAUCAAGCUAUCCUAUCAUUUAAUUGAUUGUCGAAUAGAUAUAUAUUCCUUGUUUACUACUUACGAUAUUUUACACUGAAUGCUAGGGCUACGGUUUAUUAUCAGUAAUAACUUUCAGUUACAAAUAGAGACUGAUCUCAAUGGGUUGUUGUUGGACAUAUUCAAGUACAUGUCCUUAGUAAUUCAUAUAAUUGGGUUACUAUGUCAGUAACUCUGCCUUUGUACAAGUUUCUCAGUGCGUUUAUGGCGAAGCUUGACCCUGGUGAUUGUCAUACUGGGCCGAUAACAGGCGUUUUCCGGCCAUCGACAUUGUCCACAUAAUUAACAUUUCGUCCAUGGUCCCUCAUUAACAUGACAGCCGGGAUAAUUAUACAUCUAGCUUUAUGCAAUGUUUACACUAACGUUUUACUUGAGAUGCUAUUUAGUAUCUUGAGCAUGUAUGUGCGUACAGUGUAGAUUUUGAUUGAUGGUAAUGAAUUGUUCCAGUACGUGAAUGUAAUUGCUAAUGACGUAUUGUUAUUAUCCUUUAUAUUGUUUUUGUUUUUUUGGUUGAAAAUAAAUACGUUUUUGUUUAAA